AUGUCUUCCAGCAUCAACUCCGCCGCGACGCCCUAUUGGUGCUACAGAUGCAGCCGCUUCGUCAGGGUCCCUGCGGGGGACGCCGUCGUCUGUCCCGAGUGCGAGAUGGGCUUCGUGGAGCUCGUUGAGACGCCGCCGCGGCCCCUCCCGUCCGGCGCCCCCGCACCCAGAGGCGUGGAGCCGCGGCGGCGGCGCCUGCCGGCCACCGCUAUGUACAUGUUCAACACCCCCGCCGUGGGCGGCGCCGCCGCCGCCGCCGUGCGCCCCAACCAUCAUCCCGACGUGGGCAUACGCCGCUCCCGCCGCGCUGCCGCUGGUGACCGAUCCCCUUUCAACCCGGUCAUCGUCCUCCGCGGCCCCUCCGACAUGACCGGCGGCGGAGACGGCGAGCGCGCCGCCUCCAACGGCGCCUUCGAGCUCUACUACGACGAUGGGACGGGAUCGGGGCUCAGGCCCCUGCCGGCGAGCAUGUCCGACUUCCUGAUGGGUUCUGGAUUCGACCGCCUGCUGGACCAGCUCGCGCUGAUCGAGAUAAACGGGGUCGGAGGAAGAGGGUACGACAACCCGCCGGCGUCGAAAGCGGCCGUGGAAUCCAUGCCCACCGUGGAAAUUGAGGAAGAUCACGUCGGCACGGAUUCUCACUGCGCCAUCUGCAAGGAAGCGUUCGAGCUGGGAGCAGAAGCCAGGGAGAUGCCCUGCAAGCACAUAUAUCACCAAGAUUGCAUCUUGCCGUGGCUUUCGAUAAGGAAUUCGUGCCCCGUCUGCCGCCACGAGAUGCCCACAGAUGUGCGGGGUGGGCGCGGUACGCAGGAAUCGUUGGGGGACGAGCACACGCCGGCGGGCGGCGGCGGCGAGGAGGACACAGUGGGGCUCACAAUUUGGAGACUUCCCGGCGGUGGGUUCGCCGUCGGCAGGUUCGCCGGCGGGAGGAGAGCUGGGGAAAGGGAGUUCCCCGUGGUUUACACAGAGAUGGACGGGGGGCUCAAUGCAGGCGGCGCGCCGAGAAGGAUUUCAUGGACCUCCAGAGGAAGCCACUCCAGGCACCGCGGCGGGGUUGGGCGUGCCGUUCGCGGCGUCUUCUCCUUCUUCGGACGCCUCUGGGGAUCUUCCUCUUCGUCACUUGCCCCAAGGGUGACCUCCGAUUCGGGCUCUUCCUCUUCUUCGUCCUCCUCCAGGAGGAGCCGGUCGGCUUCCGUCUUUACCAGGAGGAGCUCCAUCAGCAUAAACCAUGACUGGGCGUUGGAAGACGGGACUAACAGGGGGAGGUCGAGAGAAUAG